CUGUGCAUCAGUCUUUUGCGUGGCCGCGUAGGCGAACGCAAUAACUUUUUCUCUCGCCCGAUCUCCUCACCGCCCUACCGUCCUCCACUUCGUCCCCAGUGCUUCGACUUUCUCUUCCUCCCCGCCGCCCACGCCGCCCCCGCCGGCCAUCGCCGCCCCCGGCGGAGUCCUAUAUCUCGUCGACGGCAUCGCGGUGAAGGUCCUCAACCUCUCCUUCGCAGCCGCCGAUCUCGACGUGGACACCCACCAGCGCCGGUUCCUCCGUCUUCGCCGGGAAUCAUCCCCAGAGUCGCUGAAGUGACAAUUUUUCAAUGAACUUUCUGGGCAGAUCCAAAGCCACAACCUGGAUAUUUCUGACAGAUGUGGUGCUUCUCUCAGCAGCUAUAGGAAGCGCAUCAAGUAGCAUUUAAAUCUAGAAGUUGUUCAAUGGGCACAUACAAGCAGUCUGUUGGUCCUUUCUUUGAUACCCUCAAGAUGGAGAGAGUUAGAACAAUCUUGACUCACACAUACCCUUAUCCACAUCAGCAUUCAAGACAUGCCAUGACCGCCGUAAUAGUGGGAUGCCUUUUCUUCAUCUCAUCUGAUAACAUGCAUACUCUCAUUCAAAAAUUGGACAAAAAUAUCAAAUGGUGGUCCAUGUAUAUCUGCUUGAUUGGGUUUUUCUAUUUCUUCUCUUCUCCAUUUAUUAGGAAGACCAUUAAACCAAGUUAUUCAAACUUCAGUCGUUGGUAUGUUGCUUGGAUCUUUGUAGCAGCCUUAUAUCAUCUUCCCAGUUUUCAGUCAAUGGGAGUGGAUUUGAGGAUGAAUCUUUCUCUAUUCAUUACAAUAUAUAUUUCAUCUGUCCUUUUUCUUACUGUUUUCCAUGUCAUGUUUCUUGGCCUUUGGUAUGUGGGCCUUGUUUCUCGUUUGGCGAAAAAGCGACCAGAAAUUCUAGCUAUUAUCCAAAAUUGUGCUGUUAUAAGUGUAGCAUGCUGUGUAUUUUAUAGUCACUGUGGUAACCGUGCUAUUGUAAGAGAGAAAUCCUUUGAUCGGAGACACUCAAAUUGGUUUUCCUUCUCAUUUUGGAAGAAGCAAGACAGAAACACUUGGAUAUCCAAGUUUCUCCGUAUGCAUGAAUUUAAGGACCAGAUCUGUUCAUCUUGGUUUGCUCCAGUUGGUUCUGCUAGUGAUUAUCCAUUUUUUUCUAAAUGGGUCAUUUAUGGAGAGAUAGCCUGUAGCGGAUCAUGUGGUGGUCUUUCGGAUGAAAUAUCCCCCAUAUAUUCAUUGUGGGCAACUUUUAUGGGCCUUUACAUUGCAAAUUAUGUGGUCGAGCGUUCCACCGGAUGGGCUCUUACGCACCCUCUCUCAAUAUCAGAAUAUGAGAAGCUAAAGAAACAAAUGAAACCUGAUUUCUUGGAUAUGGUUCCAUGGUAUUCAGGGACAUCCACGGAUUUAUUUAAGACAGUGUUUGAUCUCAUGGUAUCUGUCACUUUGUUUGUUGGGCGGUUUGACAUGCGUAUGAUGCAGGCUGCUAUGAACAAGGUUCCAGAUGAAGCUAAAAAUGCUGAUCUUUUCUAUGAUCAUUUUAGCAAAAGAGACGAUCUUUGGUUUGAUUUCGUUGCAGACACUGGUGAUGGUGGAAAUUCAACCUAUGCAGUGGCUCGUCUAUUGGCCCAACCUUCACUACAAAUUAGAUCUAAUGGCUCUAUGCAUACCCUUCCACGUGGAGACCUGCUGCUUAUUGGAGGAGAUCUCGCGUAUCCUAAUCCUUCAGCGUUUACAUAUGAAAGGCGCUUUUUCUGUCCAUUUGAAUAUGCUCUCCAGCCUCCAACCUGGUACAAAGUCGAACAUAUAGCAGUGAAAAAACCAGAGCUUCCUUAUGGUGUAUCAGAACUGAGGCGGUAUGAUGGACCUCAGUGCUUCAUCAUUCCUGGCAACCAUGACUGGUUCGAUGGGCUUAACACAUUUAUGAGGUACAUAUGUCAUAAGAGCUGGUUGGGUGGGUGGUUUCUGCCUCAAAAGAAGAGCUACUUUGCUUUGCAACUUCCAAAAGGAUGGUGGAUAUUUGGUCUUGAUCAGGCUCUCCAUGGUGACAUUGAUGUGUACCAAUUUAAAUUUUUUUCAGAACUAUGUCAAUACAAGGUUGGAGAAAAUGACUCUGUCAUUGUCAUGACACAUGAACCAAGUUGGCUUCUUGAUUGGUACUGGAAUGACAACACUGGUAAAAAUGUUGCUCAUUUAAUACAUGAUUACCUGAAGGGAAGAUGCAAGCUUCGCAUGGCUGGGGAUUUGCACCAUUACAUGCGCCAUUCUUAUGUUCCAUCAGAUAAACCUGUUUAUGUACAACAUUUACUUGUGAAUGGCUGUGGUGGGGCAUUUUUACAUCCUACACAUGUCUUCAGAAAUUUCAACAAUUUUUAUGGAAAUUCAUAUGAGAGCAAGGCUACUUAUCCUUCUUAUGAUGAUUCUAGUAGGAUUGCCUUGGGUAAUAUUUUGAAGUUUCGAAGGAAGAACUGGCAAUUUGACUUUAUAGGUGGAAUCAUAUACUUCAUAUUGGUGUUUUCUAUGUUUCCGCAGUGUGAUGUCUUCUACAUUUUUCGUGAUGAUUCAUGGUCCGAUCGCUUCUGGAGAUUCGGUAGUACAAUGUGGAGUGCAUUUAUAUACAUGAUGGAGCACUCUUUUGUAUCUUUAACAGGCAUUAUAGUGUUGGUGAUGGCAGCAUAUUUGUUUGUUCCAACAAAAUUAUCACGGAAGAGGCGAGCUGUAAUUGGGGUUCUUCAUGUUUCGGCCCAUAUGACUGCAGCACUAAUUUUAAUGUUGCUAUUGGAAUUGGGUAUUGAGAUAUGUAUACGCAAUCGUCUACUAGCAACUUCAGGCUAUCACACUCUUUACGAAUGGUAUCGGUCAAUGGAGAGUGAGCACUUUCCAGAUCCAACUGGACUUCGGGCUCGUAUGGAACAGUGGACAUUUGGGCUCUAUCCUGCAUGCAUAAAGUACCUGAUGUCUGCUUUUGAUGUCCCAGAGGUUAUGGCCGUGACCAGAAGUAAAAUCUGCAAGAAAGGAAUGGAGUCCCUUCCUCGCAGCAGUGCCAUCAUCUACUAUGCUUCCGUAUUCCUGUACUUCUGGGUCUUCUCCACUCCUGUUGUAUCACUGAUAUUUGGCAGCUAUUUGUACCUUUGCAUCAAUUGGUUCCACAUACAUUUUGAUGAAGCUUUCUCAUCACUACGCAUUGCAAAUUAUAAGGCGUUUACACGUUUUCAUAUCACUACAACUGGUGACCUUGAAGUCUUUACCCUUGCACUUGAUAAGGUUCCCAAGGAGUGGAAGUUGGAUCCUGAAUGGGAUGCUGAACCGAAACCACCACUGCAACUUAGCCAUCUCAGGGAAUUCCCCAGCAAAUGGAGGGCAGCUUCUGGUCCAGACCCUGUCAACUCCAUUCGGAUUGUCGACCAUUUCAUUAUCCAAAAGAGUCAAGAUCCCAACAACAGAUGCUAACAGUUUGAUCGAUAGAUAAUCUUUGUUUUCAGAUCUGUAUAUAGCAAUAUGACUGACUAUUCAGAAUACAGAAGAGAAGAAAGGAAACAUUGAAAAAAUCAAAGCAAAUCAAAGUUACAAAUCAAUGACUUCCCUUUCAAUGCAACCGUGCAGAGUAGCUGGAUCAUUACGAUGACAGCAUUUCUGCUUUGACUAGGGCAUGAGUUGGAGACUAAUUUGAACCAUGUAGAGCUAGUUGAUAAGCUGGUUGGACAUUGCAACCUAGAUGUCUUUUGGGACAUUUUUGCUGUAACAGAGCAAGUAAUUUUACUGAA